UUUUUAUUUGAUAGAACAGGUUCUAUAGCGAAAUGUUUAAAUACUUUGUUGUGCUCUUCAUAUGUGCAAUGCUUAUCGGGAACAGUAAGCAACAAGGGCCAGGUGGUGUCGCGGGUGGUCAAGCCGAUUUCGGUGCAGGCAUGGAGGCAGGUGGAAAUGGAGGGUUCGGUGGUGGCGGACCUAACGGAGGCGGUGAAGCUGGAUUUGGGGCUGGGUUUAACGCAAACUCUGGAGCAGGGGCUGACGCAGGGCAAGGCGGUAAUAAAGGGUAACCUACGAACGACAAACAAAGAACCUAAUUUUGUACGAUACAAUUUUAAAAAAGUGUAAUAUUAUUUAAUAUUAAAAUGCAUACAUAA